CAAAUCGAAGCGUCAACAACAAUUUCGUGCAGGAUCAGUCAUCGUAACCGCACUACCGGAUCAAGAACUCAGCCCGGCCUCACCGCCUGCAGACCAAGUCCAGCAGCUGACUGGUAAUGAGGCGUGAGAAAGCAGUCAAGGCAGACAACAAUGGCAUCGAAAUCCUGAGUGUGAGAGCGCUUGACGAGGAUGGCGUGAAAUGGUGCCCCUUAGAUGUACACUUCACAACACCGAAAGAGGGAAAUGCUCAAGAUGGAGAGAAAGAUGGAAAGCAGACAGAUGAAGGACCGCCACCUGUGGCUUUCUACAGACUUUUCAGGUUCGCGGGUCCAGCGGAGACGGCGCUGCUGGCAGUCGGGGCGCUGGCCUCGCUGGUGUGUGGCCUGGGCACGCCGGCCAUGUCCGUGCUGCUGGGCGACCUGACGGGCAGCAUGGCGGCCGGGGCAGCCCCCAACGCCACGGACCCCGGCCGGGCCCUCUCCGACGCCGUGCUGGUCUACACCACCGGCAUGUCCGUCGUCGGCGCCGUUCUGCUCGUCGGCACCUACGUGUCCAUCACGAGCUUCAACUAUGCGGCGCACAUGCAGGUGUUCCGUAUCCGCAGCCUGUUCCUGGAGUCGGUGCUGCGCCAGGAGAUCGCCUGGUUCGACACCAACAGCGCGGGGGAGUUCGCCAGCCGCAUGGCUGAGGACAUGAACAAAUUUGAAGAAGGGAUUGGCGAGAAAGUAGUGAUGUGUGAGCUGUUCAUGGUGGCCUUCCUCGGCAACCUGGGGCUCGCGUUCUCCCGAGGCUGGGAGCUGACGCUCAUCUGUCUCAUCUCGAUGCCUGUGAUGAUGGUAUCCAUGGGACUCAUCGAAACUGUGACAUCGAAGCUGGCCAAGAAGGAGCUGCAGCUGUAUGCGAGGGCGGGAUGCAUCGCCGAGGAGGUGCUCAGCUCCAUCAGGACCGUGGUGUCGUUCAGUGGCGAACCCAAGGAAGUGAGCAGGUAUCAGUCGAAUCUCGGGGCCGCCAGAGACAAUAACGUGAAGCGAGGUCUGAUCAGCGGCCUGGGAAUGGGCAUCCUAUGGCUCUGCAUCUACGCCAGUUAUGCCCUUUCGUUUUGGUAUGGUGUGGGGCUCAUCCUGGAUGGAAAGUACAGCGUGUCAACUAUGGUCACGGUGUUCUUCGGCGUGAUGAUGGGCUCGAUGAGCAUCAGCAUCGCCUCGCCCUAUCUGGAGACGUUCGGCAUCGCCAAGGGCGCGGCGGCCACGGUGUUCUCCGUGAUCGACCGCAGGUCGCGCAUCGACAGCAAGUCAGCCGAGGGCGCUCGGCCGGCGACCAUCAGGGGCCAGCUCCAGUUCGAGGACGUGCACUUCCAGUACCCCUCGCGGCCCCAAGUCGAGGUGCUGCGAGGCCUGAGCCUGACUGUCCUGGCCGGCGAGACGGUGGCGCUGGUGGGCAGCUCUGGCUGUGGCAAGUCCACCUGCAUCCAGCUCUUGCAGCGGCUCUAUGAUCCAGCUCGGGGCAGUGUGCGGCUGGAUGGCAAGGACAUCCGGGACCUGAACAUAGCCUGGCUGCGGAGCAACAUCGGCAUCGUGGGGCAAGAGCCGGUGCUGUUCCAGACCACCGUCGCUGAGAACAUCCGCUACGGCAGGGAGGCGGCCACCACCGAGGACAUAGAGGAAGCUGCCAAGGAGGCCAACGCACACGACUUCAUCAAGAAGUUGCCCCAGGGCUACGACACGCUCGUGGGGGAGCGGGGCGCCCAGCUCUCGGGCGGCCAGAAGCAGCGGGUCGCCAUCGCACGUGCGCUGGUGCGCAGGCCUCGCAUCCUGCUACUGGACGAGGCCACGUCUGCGCUGGACUCGGGCAGCGAGGCCAAGGUCCAGGCCGCGCUGGACAAGGCGAGCCAGGGGCGCACCACCAUCAUCGUGGCGCACCGGCUCUCCACCAUACGGCACGCCAGCAGGAUCGUGGUGCUGGCAGAGGGCCGCAUGGUGGAGCAGGGCGCCCACGACGAGCUGAUGAGUCUGGGCGGUCACUACCACGCCCUGGUCACUGCGCAGGUCGGCACCGUCGAUGCCGCCCCGACCGCCCACCGAGACUGUAGGAACGAGCUGGAGCGAUCAUCGAGCUUGAAGAGCAUCACGUCCAGCACUUCGGAGAGCGACGUCCCGUUGAGGUCGGACGAGCCGAUGACCGACGAGAAAGACGAGCACUUGUCCAUGGUACGAGUGCUGCAGCUCAACAGGCCCGAGUGGAAGUGGAUCUUCAUCGCGUGUCUCUGCUCGGUGGUCGUGGGCUGCGCCUUCCCGGUCUAUGCCGUUCUCUUCGGCGACAUCAUCGGGAAUCUCGCUUUGAACGACCGAACCGAGGUUCGAGAAAAAACAAACUUGUUUUGUAUUUACUAUGUAGUGGCUGGUGUCGUCGUUGGUUUAACCACUUUUUUACAGAUCUUCUUGUUCACGCUGGCCGGCGAGGCGCUGACCAUGAGGCUGCGCAGGAUGCUGUUUGAGGCGAUGCUGCGCCAGGAGAUCGCGUGGUUCGACGACAAGGCCAACAGCACGGGGGCUCUGUGUGCCAAGCUGUCCGGGGACACCUCGACGGUGCAGGGGGCUACCGGCCAGAGGCUCGGCACGAUAUUCCAGUCAGCAGCGACUAUCCUCCUCGGGGUAACCUUGGCCAUGGUGUACGAGUGGCGUCUGGGCCUCACCACCCUGGCAUUCACUCCCAUCAUACUGGUUGUUUACUAUUUCUCCGGCUCCAUGGAGAAGGAUGGCCAGAAGGCCAAUAAGAAGUCCCUGGAAAAGGCUACCAAGAUAGCUGUGGAGGCAGUGAGCAACAUCCGCACGGUGGCUGGCCUGGGACGCGAGCGGGGGUUCCUGGACGACUACUCGCGGGAGCUGGUAGUGGGUCUGCGGCCGGCCCUGCGGGAAACCCACGUCCGUGGCUGUGUGUUCGCCUUGGCCCAGAGCUUGCAGUACUUCGCCUUCGCCGCAACCAUGUACUACGGCGGCCAGCUGGUCGAACGCGGCGACAUGCGGUUCGCCGAGGUGUUCAAGAUUUCAAAUGCACUAAUAACUGGAACAGCUUCAAUAGCGAAUGCGUUGGCGUAUGCUCCCAAUUUUGAAAAAGGUCUCGCUGCGGCUAGUAAAAUUUUUAGACUUUUGGACAGGAAACCACUGGUUGCAGAUCCAGAUGUGCACAGUUCUGGAAAAUGGGUGGCGGACGGCAGCGUGCGCUACUCGGGGGUGGAGUUCAGCUACCCGGCGCGCAGGAGCGCCCGUGUGCUGCGAGGCCUGAGCCUGGCCAUCCCGGCCGGCCGGACGGUGGCGCUGGUGGGGCAGAGCGGCUGUGGCAAGUCCACCUGCGUGCAGCUGCUGGAGCGCUUCUACGACCCCUGCUCGGGCCACGUGUUCGUGGGCGACCGAGACGUGUCGUCGGUGACCCUGGGCAGCCUGCGGGGCCAGCUGGGGCUGGUGUCCCAGGAGCCGGUGCUCUUCAACCGCACGAUCGCCGAGAACAUCGCAUACGGAGACAACUCGCGCAGUGUGCCCUUGGACGACAUCAUUGCAGCCGCCAGGCAGGCCAACAUACACACGUUUAUCUCGUCCCUCCCCGCGGGCUAUGAGACGUACAUGGGCGAGAAGGGGGCCCAGUUGUCCGGGGGGCAGAAGCAGAGGAUAGCCAUCGCCCGGGCGCUGGUCAGGAACCCCCGAGUGCUGCUGCUCGAUGAAGCCACAUCUGCCCUGGACACAGAGAGCGAGAAGGUGGUGCAGGAAGCGCUGGACAAGGCGAAGCAGGGUCGCACGUGCAUCAUGAUCGCCCACCGCCUGUCGACCGUGCAGGACGCGGACGUGAUCUGUGUCCUCGACGGGGGCACGGUCGCCGAGACGGGCUCGCACGCUGAGCUGCUGGCACUCGGCGGGAUCUACCACCAGCUGUGCAGCCUGCAGAGCGGGGCCAAGUGACCGCGCGGUGGGGAACUUCAAAACAGAGCCUAGUGACCGUGUGGUUGCGAACUGCGGGGGUGGAGCCGAGUGACCAAACGAUGGGAAACUGCAGCGUGGAACCGUGUGCCAUGGACCAGUGGCUGCGUUGCGUUUACAUAAUACAUGUAUACUUAUUAGUAAAUUGAUAAUAUUUAAAAUACGAUGUGAUUCUAUAUGUACUUAUUUUUAUUGCAUUCUUUUGUGGAACAUAUUGGGAAACUUACCAUUGCAAUAAAGUUUAAAAUUAGUAUGUUCUUAAUUUGAGAAUUAUUUUCUUAAUCAUCACAUGCAUGCAAAAUGGUUUAAAUUCAUAUACAGUCUUACAAUUACUAGUCCAACAUAUUUCUUCUGGAGCAUAUUCACUUAAAUGUGUAUAGUAAUUGUGACAUGUUUCUUUAUAUUUAUCAAACCUGCAAUUGUUUGGCAGGGCCGGUGCACGGUAAAUUGGUGCCCUAGGCGAAAAAAACUUAAGUAGUUUUAUAAAGUUGUAUUUAUGUGUUUUUUUUUGGCGAUUAAAGUGUUUAAAAUGUA